GGCUUGUGUUGGGGACACAGUGUUAAACAAUCCAGUGAUCUGAAAGUGUGCUAACUGGCUAGCUAUAUACGCUGCACCUAGUAUGAGUUAGGAAGAAGUCAAAAGCAGCCUAGCUUGCUACGCUAAAUUACUAAACAGUUGGCUAGGAACGUUAAUUACGCCAAGUUGUUUCCACACAAACAAUGCCACUGUAGCUAACGCAAGUUAGCUAGCCACCUGUUGGAUUACUUUUUGCUAGCUAGAGCUACCACAUUGACCCACUUAUCUUGUUUCUCCUCCACUUAACUACUCGUAGUUAGACAUCUAACGUCAACUACUUAGCUAGCUAGUUACUCAGUACUCCUCCCGUCGACUGACUAGUUAGGUUACGUCACGUCAUUUGUCCAAGUAGCUAAUUAGCCAGCCUAAAGUGACGUAACUAGUAAGCUAGAUCAAACUACGUUGAUCAGUUCAGUCCUCGACAUCGACUAGCUAACGAGUUACUUUAGGAACUUGCCAGCGAACGUUAGCUACUGUUUUCACACUUAACGUUAGUCUAGACAUUUGCAGAGAGUGAAAUGGCAGGAUGACAUCAAGAUCUAAUAUCAGAGUCUGGGUAAAGAAACCAUGGCCUCCCCUGCUGCGCUGGUGGACGCCAAGGCAGAGCUGACCUCUCUGCUGGACCAAUGGGAGACGGAGCAGCAAGGAACCACUGACGACCUGGUCUCCAUCCUCACCAAGAUCUCUGAGCUGGUAGAGCGCGAGACAGAGGAGUAUCACAAAGCUGAUCCUGACCCGUUUGAUGACCGACAUCCAGGACGAGCAGAUCCAGAAUGCAUGUUGGGACAUUUACUGAAAAUCCUCUUCAAGAAUGACGACUUCACAAAUGCGUUGCUGAAUAGCUAUGUGAUGACCAGUAGAGAGCUGUCCAUGAACACGGCAGCGUGUCGUCUGCUACAGAACAUAAUGCCGGGUCUGGAGACAGCUGUGGUGUUCCAGGAGAAGGAGGGUCUGGUUGAGAAGCUGUUUAAAUGGGCCCAGGAGGCAGAGCAGCCUCUGUGUAUCUAUGCUACAGGGCUACUGGCUAGAGCCAUGGAGAACCAGGAGAUAGCUACCAACUACAGGGAUGACAACUCUAAACUGGUGCCACUAAUGCUGAUGCGGCUACGUGAGCUGCAGGAUAAAGAAUCAAAGAGUCGUCAGGAUUUUAAACACCCCGGUCCUAAGAAGACUUCUCAGUCCCUCCAGUCUGUAGCAGAGGAACCUACAGACAGAGACGCCAAUGAGGAAGAGGGCAGCACAUCUCAGAAUACAGCAACAGAUAACAUGGCGGAAGAGGAGGAGGAAGAGGAGAAGAAGAAGAAAAAGGAGAGAGGACGAGAGACAACAUGUAGUAGUAGUUGUAGCAGGCCUGCGUGGUCCAGGCCCAAGCCGUCGUUCCACUUAGGUAAGGCCCAGAAGACCAGCAGCUGUGUAUCGGUGAAGCCCGUUCCAGACCCCCUGUACCAGCCAGGUCCCUGCUUGGCACCAGGCCCCGAGACCAGCCUGGGAGAGCCUGAAACCAGAGGGCAGGAGUCUGGAGGAGGCCUGGGGAGGAAGAGAACAGCCACAGCCAGAGAGAAUGGAAGGAAAGUCAAACAGAAAGUCCACUUCACCACCUCUUCCAUGGAUCCAGAGAGAGGCUUGUCCUGCGUUACCGGUAGUGACCAGUCUAACAGUAGCUGGUCUGAGAUGAGCUCCUGGGUGAUUGGGGGUAACUACCGGCUGUACCCCCUCACCCCUGCUAUAGAGCAACGUCUCAUCCUCCAGUACCUCACACCCCUCGGAGAUUACCAGGAGCUGCUAGCUGUGUUCAUGCAGAUGGACACCAGAGAACUUCUUAUGCACUACAUUGACCUGAAACACACCCACGAUGUCCAGCUCACCUUCGACUCACUCCUGUACCUUGCCUCCCUGCUCCUGCACAAGAAGUUUGCUGCUGACUUCAUAGCUCAUGGAGGAGUGCAGAAGCUGCUGGAUAUCCCUAGACCCUCCAUGGCUGCUACUGGGGUGUCACUGUGUCUCUACUACCUAGCUUACAACCAGGACGCCAUGGAGAGGGUGUGUAUGCUGCCGGACAGUGUGCUGUCAGACAUGGUGGACUAUGCCCUGUGGCUUCUGGAGUGUUCCCACGCGUCGGGCUGCUGCCACACCACCAUAUUCUUCUCCAUCUCCUUCUCAUUCAGAGCCAUACUGCAGCUGUUUGACCACCAGGACGGCCUCAGGAGACUAGUUAACCUGAUCAGUACAUUAGAGAUCCUGAACACAGAGGACCAGGGCGCCAUGUUGAGUGACGACCAGGUGUUCUCCAGCCGUCAGACAGCCAAACACACCUGUAUGUGCCUGAGAAGGUACUUCGAGGCCCAUCUGGCUGUCAAGGUGGAGCAAGUCAAACAGUCCCUCCAGAGAACUGAAGGGGGCGCUCAAGUUCACUCUCAACCUUACUACAAGUCGUGUUCAUACAGUCAUGAGCAGGUGGUGGACAUGAUGGACUUCCUGAUAGAGUCUGGACACACUCAGCUAUACUGGGAACCUGUCGAGGUGUUUUACAAGCUCUCCUGUAUUCCCCUCGUGUUACAACUCAUCUCUAUAGCCUGUGACUGGAGGAGUUACUACGGCAGGUCUGAUACGGUGCGUUUUGCCCUGGACAUCCUGGCCAUGCUGACUGUAGUACCAAAGGUGCAGCUGCUGCUAGCUGAGACUGUAGACGUGCUGGAUGAAGGAGGAUCCACCGUCUGCACUGUCGGAAUGAGUAUUAUCCUGGGGGUGGCAGAGGGAGAGGUGUUUGUCAACGAUGCAGAGAUCCAGAAGUCAGCGCUCCAGGUGGUCACCAACUGUGUGUGUGCCCCCGACCAGACCCUCACUUCCAUGGGCAGCUUUCUGCAUCACCCCCCACAGGAGAGUGUGCUCACCAAGAUGUGGAACGUUGUCCAGGCCAACAACGGCAUCAAGGUCCUCCUUGGUUUACUGACGGUCAAGAUGCCCAUCACGGACGCAGACCAGAUUCGAGCGCUGGCUUGUAAGGCUCUGGUUGGUCUGUCUCGCUCCAGGGCUGUUAGACAGAUCAUCUCCAAGCUGCCUCUGUUCUCCUCCUCACACAUCCAACAGCUGAUGAAGGAACCCGUGCUGCAGGACAAACGCUCCCAACACGUCCGCUUCUGCCGUUACUCUGCCGAGCUCAUAGAGAGGGUGUCGGGUAAACCCUUGUUGAUCGGGACAGAUGUGUCUUUGGCCCGGCUCCAGAGGGCCAACGUUGUGGCCCAAUCCCGUAUCUCCUUUCCUGAGAAGGAGUUGUUGCUACUCAUCAGGAACCACCUGGUGGCUAAAGGACUCCAGGAUACUGCCUCAGCCCUCACCAAGGAGGCUAAUCUCCCCUGCGGCCCGCUCUCCCUCUCCAUCCCCCUCUCCUCCUCCCCCUCGCUCUACCCGGCAGUCUCUGUAGCUCCUUCCCCUGUCUCUUCGUCCGCUGUAUUACCCAGAACCCCAAGGGGCAUAGUCAACGGAGGAGUGGUAUUGGCUGCUCGCCUCACUGCGAUGACCCAAUCAUCUUCGUCUUCCUUGGUCCAGACGCCACGCCCCUCCCUGCCUCCUUGCAGCCCUAACGGCCCACCUCCCCAUGGAUCGCCCCAAAUCGGGCGUAUCCUGUUCACGCGGGAGCGCUCCUCUGUCCUCUGUAGCCCUGGGACUGGACUUGGUGGCAGCAGUGGGAAACAGCCCUCCAGUGUGCUGAGACAGAAGUCGGACCACGGAGCGUUCAGCCAGAGUCCUGCCAUGAAGAAACAGCUGGAUCGACAUCUGCCUUCCCCGCCUGCCCUGGACAGCAUCAUCACAGAGUACCUCAGGGAGCAGCAUGCCAGGUGUAGGAACCCGGUGACUACCUGCCCCCCCUUCUCCCUGUUCACACCCCACCAGUGCCCAGAACCCAAGCAGAGGUGCCAGGCCCCCACUAACUUCACCUCCAGACUGACCAGCAGGGUGCUGUAUCCUAAACACGGAGGGGUGGACGGGGGCUGCCUGGACAGACAUCUCAUCUUCAGCAGGUUCCGGCCCAUCUCAGUGUUCAGGGAGGCUGAGGAGGAUGACAGUGGUUUCACCUGCUGUGCCUUCUCAGCUCGCGAGCGUUUCCUGAUGCUGGGGACGUGUACAGGACACCUGAAGCUCUAUAACGUGUUCAGCGGUCAGGAGGAGGCUAGCUACAGCUGUCAUACUUCAGCCAUCACUCACCUGGAGCCCUCACGGGACGGUUCUCUGCUGUUGACGUCUGCCUCGUGGAGUGUCCCUCUGUCAGCUCUCUGGAGUAUGCAGUCUGUCUUCGAGAUGAAGCAUUCAUUUUUGGACGACCAUUACGUAGAGUUCAGUAAACUGUCACAAGACCGAGUGAUUGGCACCAAGGACCAAGUAGCUCAUAUCUAUGACAUCCAGUCAGGCCAGAAGUUGCUGACCCUUAAUGACCCUGGCCUGGCCAACAACUACAAGAGGAACUGUGCGACCUUUAACCCUAGCGACGACCUGGUGCUGAACGACGGGGUCAUGUGGGACGUGCGCUCUGCUCAGGCCAUCCACAAGUUUGACAAGUUCAAUAUGAACAUCAGCGGCGUUUUCCAUCCCAACCGCCUCGAGGUCAUCAUCAACACAGAGAUUUGGGACCUGAGAACAUUCCAUCUCCUCCACACGGUGCCUGCCCUGGACCAGUGUAGAGGAGUCUUCAACAACAACGCCACGGUCAUGUACGGCGCCAUGCUCCAGGCUGAUGAGGAGGAUGACGUGAUGGACCAACAGAUGAAGAGUCCCUUUGGUUCCUCCUUCAGAACUUUUGACGCCACCGACUACAAACCCAUCGCUACUGUGGAUGUGAAGAGGAAUAUUUUUGACCUGUGUACUGACACUAGGGACUGCUACCUGGCCGUCAUCGAGAACCAGGACUCUAUCAACAUGGACACGGUGUGUCGCCUGUAUGAAGUGGGGAGACAGAGACUAGCUGAGGAGGGAGAGGAUGAUGAUGAUCAGGAGGAUCAAGACGAUGAUGAAGACUCUGACGACGACGAUGAAGAUGACGAUGAUGACAUGGAGACAGACCCGCUGUUGGCCGAGCUGAUCGAGGGAGGAGAAGGAGAGGAGGAUGGAGGUAACGACUUCUCUCCAUCGGAUGAUGAAGCGGUGGCCCGGCUGCUCAAUGCUGAAGAUGAUGAUGAUGAUGAUGAUGAUGAGGAUGACUCUAACAACGAUGCUGAGAUUGACCUGGGAUCUGACAGUUCCGACAGCUCCGACGGCAGCACUGACACCUCGGACCUGGAGGACCAACUCUUCCUGUCUAUGAGCGACUAGACAGGAAAUGGGACAUGACAACCAGGAAGUGGCAAAGGGGACACAACAUGUAUCCACCCAUUGCCACUUAAGCUGGAGGAAUCCCCCCCCCCCCCCCC